CUGCAGUACACGUAAAACUGAAAUGUUAUCUGCUAUUUAUGCUGUCUGUUAGAAGCCAGUUGAAUAAAUUAGAUUAAUUUUCUUUUUAAUGUAUAGUUUUUCUGAUUUUGUUGGAAAGAACAACAUGGGAAAAAAAGAUCCUUCAAAACUUGUGGGAUUCCGACCAAUGAUUUUGUGGGACAAGAAAGUUCCAGACACUGAACUUGAAAAAUUCAAGAAAGUCGUCGAAGAGAAGUUUAGUCUACAUUUUGAUUCUUAUUGGGAUUUCCACAAAUGGUCAAUUGAAAAUUAUGGCAAAUUUUGGGAAGAAAUAUGGAAUUACUUCGGCAUGAUCGUGUCUAAACCUUAUGAAGAGGCUGUAGUGAAAACUGGUGAUGGAUUCUUGGAUUACGAUUGGUUCAGGGGAGCAGAAUUUAAUAUUGCUGAAAACCUUUUACGGAUAAGAGAUGACAGAAUUGCUCUCAUAUAUAUCGAUGAGACUGGUUACGAAGAGACUAUCACCUAUGCUGAAGUAUUCGAAGAGGCUAAGCUGUACGCAGCAGCUUUCAGGAAACAUGGCUUGAAAAAAGGAGAUACAGUGGCGUGUCAUAUGUCAAACAGGAAAGAAGCAGUCUACGCCAUGCUGGCAACAACCAGCAUUGGUGCUAUAUGGGGUGGACCUCAACCUUACUUUGGAGCACGAGUAGCAUCAAAUAUUAUUGCUAGGAUGGAACCUAAGUUUUUAAUCACUGUAGACCAUCACCAAGACAAUGGAGUGGAUUUUAACAUUUUAGAAAAUGUACCGAUUAUAGUGGACAAUUGUCCAACACUUGAGAAGGUAAUUAUUAUUCCCUCCAAGGAAGAGACAGUGACCAGUGGCAUUUCGCACAUUAGAAACGGUAUCUUUUUAGAGGAGUUUGUGGAAAGCGGUCGAAAUCCUGAUGGUAGCAUUCCUGACAUAGUUUUCGAGCAACUUCCUUUCAACUAUCCCGCUUUUCUAAAUUUUACCUCUGGUACCACAGGCCUCCCAAAGGGCCUAGUUCAUUCAGCAGGGAUGUUAAUAUCGGAGUUCGAAAACAUUGCUUUUGAUUAUAACUUGAAGAGCGGAAACGCCGUUUUCAACUGGUGUCCGGUGGGUUGGAGCGUUUGGGAUUGCUUCACUCCAUGUCUAGCGCUAGGCAUAACGGUAGUUUUGUACUGCGGUAGCCCUUACUGGAUAAGAGAUGGAAUCAACAUGUGGGACUUAAUUGCAAAGUAUAAAGCAGGGUACUGUUUCCUUGUACCCAGCAUGUUGGAUAAAUUAGAAAAGCUGCACAUUGUACCAAGUCCAAAUUCUAAUUUAGAAAGCCUGCAGGUGGUGCUCAUAGGUGGAAGCCCUGUCAAAGUUCAAAACAUCACUUUCAUCCAAAACAAGGUUGGAAAGCAUAUAUUUGCCGCUAUUUUAUACGGAGCCACUGAGACAUUCGGUUGUUUCAGCGGUGUUGACAUGAAUUUGCCACUGUAUGCCGGCGAAGCCCAAGUGCCUGCCCUUGGAAUGGAUAUUCGUGUUGUCGACGAAAAUGGUCGAUCUUUAAUUGGUGAGAAGGGUGAAAUAAUAUUUGCAGCUCCAUGUCCAAGUUUUCCUAUUUACUUAUGGAAGGACGUCGAUCACACCAUCAUGAAGGAAACUUAUCUUUCAAAAUGUUCAGGUGCCUGGUGUCAACACGAUGAAGGCUGGAUCAAUCCGGAAACAAGGGGUCUUAUUGUACUUGGAAGAAGUGAUGAUACUUUAAUUCAAAAUGGCGAUCGCUUUGCAGCUGCAGAUGUUUAUUUUGCCAUUCAUGGAAUGGAAGAGAUCAUGGACUACAUAUGUGUCAAUCAGAGUAGGAAUGAUGGCGAAUGUAGAGCUGUUCUCUUUGUCAAGCUGAAGCCGGGUUACACAUUCACUCCCGAACUCAGAGAUAAAAUCGCCCUCACCGUCAACAGGGAACUGUGGGAGGACUGCGUGCCGCAAGUCAUUUUAGAAGUUCCAGACAUCCCUUACAAUGUGAAUAACAAGCGACUGGAAGGUGUUGUUCGAAAGAUAGUUGCAACCAACCAGAUUCCUCAAGUGAACAAUAUCAACAAUCCUGAGUGCUUGAAAUACUUUUGCGAUAUACCAGAGUUGCUAAGCUACAAAGUCUGAAAAAACGCCAUUGAAUAAGUGUCCAUUUUUGUAAGAUUGUGAUAUUUUGCUUACAACAUCAAAUACUAUGUGAAUUUUAAUGCAACUAUGCCUGGAAAACAAAUGCAUUAUAUACAAACUGCAUAUACAUCGUUUCGAAAGUCUUUAUCUACUGAAUGCGAAUAAAUACUUUAUGUAUCAUUUCAUAAUUGCUGCGUUUUAUAUAUUAAAGAAAUAAAUACAUUUUACAUAUAUAU